AUGGCUCCUGAUAAGAGGGCAAGCAAGCGCAAGGCACCUGCCGCCGCCAGCGAUUCUCCCGCGAAAAAAACCAAGAAGGUCGAGGCCAAAGCCGCCAAGGUCGCCGAAGAUGCCGCUCCCAAGUCUAUUCUGAAGAAGAAGGAGAAUGGUGCUGCUAAGGCUAAGGAGACCAAGUCUGAGACCACCGCAAAGGCCAAUGGUGCCCCUACUCACCAGGCCAAGCCCCGCAAGCGUGCUGCCGAUUUCCUCAGUGAGGACGAGGCCGAGAAGCCUGCCCCGGCUGCUGCGAAGAAGCCCGUUACCAAGAAGACCAAGAAGGAUGAGGCCACCCCCGCACAGGCUGGGAAGAAGUCUGCCGCCGCCAAAGUCGCCAAGCCUGCACCGAAGCCCAAGAAGGUAGAGGAGGCGCCUGAGGAGUCCGACGGCGAGGAGUUCCAAAUCGAUGUCGAGUCCGACGAGAGCGAAGAGGAGGAGAUUGACGACGUUGAGGAUGACCAGACUGCCGCCCUUAUCAAGGGCUUCGAGAGCAGUGGUGACGAAGACGAGUCCGGUGACGAAGGCUAUAACUCCAAGAUGCCAAUUCCUAAGAUCCCCGACACCAAGAAGGCAGAGAAGAAGAUGAAGAAGCUGCAACAAGGUGAUGGCAAGGGUGAGCCCGGUACCGUCUAUGUCGGACGCAUUCCUCACGGUUUCUACGAGCACCAAAUGCGCGCAUACUUCUCCCAGUUCGGCGAGAUCACCAAGCUCCGCCUCUCUCGCAACCGCCUGACCGGCCGCUCCAAGCACUACGCCUUCAUUGAAUUCGCUUCUACCACCGUUGCCAAGAUCGUUGCCGAGACCAUGGACAACUACCUCAUGUACAGCCACAUCCUGAAGUGCAAGUUCGUUCCCGCGGAGCAGCUGCACCCCGAGGUCUGGAAGGGCGCCAACCGCCGUUUCAAGCGUACCCCGUGGAACCAGAUCGAGCGCAAGCGCCUGUUGAAGGGCAAGACACGCGAUCAGUGGUCGAAGCGUAUUGAGCAGGAGCAGCGCAAGCGUCUGGCUAAGGCUGACAAGCUGAAGGCUAUGGGCUACGAGAUUGAUCUGCCUCAGCUCAAGGCUGUCGAGGAUGUGCCCAUUCAGGUGCCGGAGGAGAAGGCUAUUGAGGGUGCCGAGGCUACUCCUGCCGUGGAGGCCGCUGAGGAGCCUAAGGCCAUUGAGGCCCCCGCCACCACUGAUGAUACCCCUAAGAAGACGAAGAAGGGCAAGAAGACAGAGGAGACUCCCAAGGAGGAGGUCGCCGCAGAGUCCCCAGCAGCCAAGUCCCCUGCUACCAAGACCAAGAAGACGGCUAAGAAGACUGGCAAGUCCAAGGCUAAGGCGUAA